AUGGAUCAACCCACGACUGGGGUUCCCACAGUGGUCUGGAUGGCUAACCGAGAUGCACCUAUAAACGGAAAAUACUUGAAGUUUAUAUUAUUUGAAGAUGGCAAUCUUGCUUUAACAGAUGCUGAGCAGUACAUUAUUUGGUCAACCCACACAAAAUCAACCUCUUCUAUUUCAUUGCAAUUGCAACUGCAUGACACAUAUAACCUUAUUCUCUUUGAAAGAGAACAAUCUCUUUGGCAAAGCUUUGAUUAUCCAAUAGAUACCCUUCUUCCAGAUCAACCCUUAACUACGAACAGACAACUUGUUUCUUCAAGAAGUUCUACGAGUUACGCCUCGUGUUUCUAUAAGCUCUUUUUCGAUGACUAUGAUAGCAUUCUUCGUCUUCAUUAUGAAGAUCCAGUAUCCACUAGAGUCUUCUGGCAUGAUCCCCGUUUUCUACAUUGGGAAGUUGGGAGAUACCAAUAUGUAUACAAUCGAAGAGCAAGCCUUAAUUCCGAUGGUGAAUUUAAGUCAUCAGAUGGUCUUGAAAUUUUCUCCUUUGAUUAUGGAAUCGGACCCCAAAGAAUGAUGAAGAUCGAAAUCGAUGGUAAUCUAAGAGUGUACGGUUUCAUUGAACAUCAAACAAGAAAGGAAUGGAAAGUUCAAUGGCAAGUCGUUUCCCGUUCUUAUAGGGUUCAUGGUAUUUGCGGACCAAAUAGUCUUUGUACUUAUUCACACGAUGCAGGUAGGAGAUGCAUUUACUUACAUGGGUACAAAAUGGUGAAUUCUGAAGAUGUUGACCUGAUUCCCUUAGUAUUAAUGGGAAAAAUCAAGAACCGGUUCUUCAAUUUAGAAGAAAACUAA